CUCCCCGCGGGUUCCGUUGGCUGUGGCGGCGGCUGAGGGCUGUGGCGGCGGUGGCCGCGGGGCGGGCGUAAGAUGGCGACUGCGGCGGCGGGAGCCCUGGGCCUGCUGUGGGGCUGGCUGUGGAACGAGCGCUUUUGGCUGCCCCAGAACGUGAGCUGGGCCGACCUGGAGGGGCCGGGCGACGGCUACCCGCGUGCCCGGCACAUCCUCUCGGUGUUCCCGCUGGCGGCGGGCGUCUUCUCCGUGAGGCUGCUGUUCGAACGGUUCAUUGCCAAACCCUGUGCACUCCAUGUUGGCAUCGAGGACAGAGGGCCUGCUCUGGUCCCAUCCAAUGCCAUCCUUGAGAAGGUGUUUGUAUCCAUUACCAAGUAUCCUGACGAGCAAAGGCUGGAGGGCCUAUCCAAGCAACUGGACUGGGAUGUCCGAAAAAUCCAGUGCUGGUUUCGCCACCGGAGGAACCAGGACAAGCCCCCAACGCUCACUAAGUUCUGUGAAAGCAUGUGGCGAUUCACUUUUUAUUUAUGUAUAUUCUGCUACGGGAUUAGAUUUCUCUGGUCGUCACCUUGGUUCUGGGACACCCGGCAGUGCUGGCAUAGCUAUCCAUAUCAGCCUCUUUCAAAUGGACUUUACUACUAUUAUGUCAUGGAACUGGCCUUCUAUUGGUCUCUUAUGUUCUCUCAGUUUAUAGACAUUAAAAGAAAGGACUUCCUGCUUAUGUUUGUGCAUCAUUUGGCGACUAUUGGGCUUAUCACCUUCUCCUACAUCAACAACAUGGUCCGGGUGGGAACCCUGGUCAUGUGUCUGCAUGAUGCCUCAGACUUCUUGCUGGAGGCAGCUAAGCUAGCAAAUUAUGCCAAGUAUCAGCGACUGUGUGACACCCUCUUCGUGAUCUUCGGUGCUGUUUUUGUGGUCACUCGUCUAGCAAUCUAUCCAGUCUGGAUUCUGAACACGACCCUCUUUGAGAGCUGGGAGAUGAUUGGACCCUAUCCUUCCUGGUGGCUCUUCAAUGGCCUGCUCCUGGUCCUACAGGUUCUGCAUAUCGUCUGGUCCUACCUAAUUGCACGAAUUGCUUUCAAAGCCUUUAUCCGAGGAAAGGUGGCCUGUCCAGGAAGGAUUAGACCCCGACUCUGUACUCUCCACUCUUUUCUCACCUCCUUCCUUUUUUCUAUGCCUGCUGGGAGUUGGACAGUCCCAUCUCUUGCAUGUAAGUGUAUCUGUGCUUCUAGUGCUGGGGGAAGCGGUUCUCUUCCUGUUCUCCAUUCUGUGCCCCUGUGUUUGUCUCCGAGCUCCUCUCUCCUGAGCUGUGGGGCUGUGACUACAGCCCAGCUCGCCAGGUCCUUUCCCCUCCUAUCCAGAGACAUUGUGCCCCCUGGUGGAAAUGUCCUAAUCAUCAGGUGACCAAGUUAGUCUGGGAUCAGACGUCCACAGCCUGUAAUAAUAAACUGUUGAUUAUGGGAAUGAUCCAGAAUAAAUGGCCACCUUCUGGGCAACAGCAUCUGUAGCUCUGCUCCUCUUCACUCCUUUCUCUCCCUUACUUUUUGGUCCUGAUUUUAAUUAUAGAUUUAUGAUCCACGAGUUCAGAGGUCAGAAGUCUAGUACUAGACUCACAGGGUUUUUCCUCCUCACAUUUAUGACCCAUGAGACUUUAAAGUCAUUUUUUCAUUUGCAGGACAUUUUGUUUUAGAAAACAUUAUUCUUUCUCAAACUCUUCACCUGAAAAUGCAAAACACAAAAGCUCACUGUCAGAUGUGCAGGUUUGUGGGUGACAAAGUGGGAAUGGCGUCCUCUCCAGCAACCGCCUGCCCUCGGGGCAGCUAAGUGUCAGGUGACCUAGACAGGGAAAGGAGAGAAGAUUUGGCUGUGGUGUCAUGAAAUAAUAAGGCCCGAGGCCAGAAGUAAUGGAGACUUCUGCUAAAGCUCCCAUGGAUCAGGUUUGAGGAGAACAAAACCCAGGAUAGCCAAGCUGCAUAAGUGCAGCGUCCACGGCACACAAGACGGAGGCAACAGGACCGUCAUGGGUGGUUCUCUGGUUAACUGUCAGCCGUGACUAAGGGAAUGAUGGCAGCGCUCAGAGCUCUGAAGGAAAGGUGCUCUGCUACAGGAUUAGAUAGAAUAAAGAGAAAGACGGAACUCAGGCGAAGCUCCAGAACACGAGUGCAGCCAGGUGUCGCCAGGAAGAGGGCCAGACUGGGGACUCUGCUCAGGCGGUGGCUCUGGGAGCCUGACCUUUCUCACUUCCCUGCCUUUGGUUC